UGAAUACCGACCGGAAGAAAGCUAAACAUGCCAAACUAAUGUUAUUAUUAAACUUCUUAGGGACUAACACACUAUUCGGUUGCUGUGAUAUUUCACUGGUAAUAUCCUUCGGUAUUAUAAGUCAGUUCGUGCUUAAAUAAAGUAAGAGUAAAACAAGUAGCACAGACAUGAGCGCCUCUGCUUUGAAAAUGAAGCCGGCAGAGCAGCUAGCGUUAGCGUCAGCUGCUGGUGGGUAACUAGGGGUAACUUAGCUUCACAUGCUAGCAACACGGGCAGGUGAGGAGCCUCUACUUAACAGCCCAGGCUAGGAAACAAAAAGCAAUGAGAAGGAGUCUUGCACCCAGUCAGGUGGCCAAACGGAAGCAACCAGGGGAUUCCUGUGAGGAUGAUGACUGGACAUGUAGAACCGAGAAAAAAAGAAACGGUGAUAAUAAGAAGCUAGAGAGCCCCAUUUCUCCCUUCAGAAAGCCUCUGACACAGCUGAACAAGCCGUCCCCUUGUCUGGAUGGUGACAAACAUGAGGCGUUUAUUCGCAGUAUCCUCUCCAAGCCAUUUAAAAUCCCCAUUCCUAAUUACACAGGCUCACUGGGAAUCAGGGCACUCGGCCUGAAGCGUGCAGGUGUGAGGAAAGCGCUUCACGAUCCCUUCGCAGAAGACGCUCUGGUCCUUUAUGAGCCCCCGACUCUGAGCGCUCACGACCUGAUCAAAGCUGAAAAAGAAAAACUACCAGUCCAUGUUGUUGUGGAUCCAGUUUUAGGAAAAGUGCUCAGACCCCAUCAGAGAGAGGGGGUGAAGUUCCUGUGGGACUGUGUGAUGGGAAGACGCAUCUCCGAUUCGUACGGCUGCAUCAUGGCCGAUGAGAUGGGCCUGGGGAAGACCUUACAGUGCAUCGCCCUCAUGUGGACUCUGCUGCGCCAAAGCCCGGACGUUAAGCCGGAGAUAGACAAGGUCAUUGUGGUUUCCCCUUCCAGUCUGGUUCGCAACUGGUACAAUGAAGUAGGAAAGUGGCUGGGAGGACGCGUGACACCAGUGGCCAUUGACGGAGGUUCAAAGGAUGAGAUCGACAGACAACUAGUGAACUUCAUGUCUCAGCACGGUUUGAGAAUACCAACCCCGAUCCUGAUCAUUUCAUAUGAGACAUUUCGACUGCACGCCGGGGUUCUGCACAAGGGCACGGUCGGAUUGGUCAUCUGUGACGAGGGCCAUCGGCUGAAGAACUCUGACAACCAGACGUACCAGGCCCUAAAUGCCAUGAGUGCCAAGAGGAGAGUGCUGAUAUCGGGAACGCCCAUCCAGAACGACCUGCUGGAGUACUUCAGCCUGGUCCACUUUGUUAAUGCUGGGAUCCUUGGUACAGCCCAGGAGUUUAAGAAGCGGUUUGAGCUUCCCAUCCUCAAAGGUCGAGAUGCAGAUGCUAGUGGUAAAGACAGAGAGACGGGAGAGGGAAAACUCAAGGAGCUGAUCAGCAUCGUCAACAGGUGCUUGAUAAGGAGAACAUCAGAUAUCUUGUCAAAAUAUCUUCCUGUGAAAAUCGAGCAUGUCGUGUGUUGCAGGUUGACUCCUCUGCAGUCGGCGCUCUAUAAGCACUUCCUGCGGCAGGCGAAACCCAUCGAGACGUUACAAGAGGGAAAAACGAAUGUCUCCUCCCUGUCCUCCAUCACAUCACUCAAGAAACUGUGCAAUCACCCGGCUCUCAUCUAUGAGAAGUGUGUGGAGAAUGCAGAGGGCUUUGAGGGGGCGCUGGAUCUGUUCCCACCCGGUUACUGCACUAAGGCUUUGGAGCCUCAGCUCUCUGGGAAAAUGCUGGUUCUUGACUACAUUCUGGCGAUGACAAGGACGACAUCUAGUGACAAGGUGGUGCUUGUCUCCAACUACACUCAAACACUGGACCUCUUUGAAAAGCUUUGCAGAUCUAGAAGAUACCUCUAUGGUCGUCUGGAUGGCACAAUGUCCAUUAAGAAAAGAGCCAAGAUUGUAGAAAGAUUCAACAGUCCAUCUAGUCCAGAGUUCAUCUUCAUGCUGAGCAGCAAGGCUGGUGGAUGUGGCCUGAAUCUGAUCGGUGCUAAUCGCCUCGUCAUGUUUGAUCCGGACUGGAACCCGGCCAAUGACGAGCAGGCGAUGGCGCGUGUGUGGAGAGACGGCCAGAAGAAGACCUGCUACAUCUACAGGCUGCUCUCUACCGGGACGAUCGAGGAGAAGAUCCUCCAGCGGCAGGCCCACAAGAAAGCCCUGAGCAGCUGUGUGGUGGACGAGGAGCAGGACGUGGAGCGCCACUUCUCCCUCGGAGAACUCCGGGAACUCUUCACCCUCAACGAGGAGACCACCAGCGACACGCAUGACCGGUUUCGCUGUCGCCGCUGUGUGAACGGCAGGGAGGUCCGGCCUCCUACAGACGACUCUGACUGCACCAGCAAUCUCUCCCAGUGGAACCACUGCUUCGACAAGAAGGGUCUGAGGGACCAAGUGCUGAAAGCCUCCUGGGACGCUGCCGUCUCCUUUGUCUUCCACCAGCGCUCGCACGAGGACCAGAAGGGUGUCGUGUAGCGGGAAGAACUCAAAAGACUAUCUCAGGACCACAUGCACUGGAUAUCCUGAUAUUUAUUUGUUAUUCUGUUGUAUUUUUACAAAAAGAUUAAAGUAAAGGAGAAUUUAAUUUGUGUUGUAUCCAUCAUGGAUUAAGUCACCUCCUCUCAUGAAUGACCUGUCCAGGAUCGGGAUAAAACUAGUCUGGGAAGUGAUUUGUUUGGACCAGUAGUCCCGAUGUGCACGUCAAGCUGUGGUGCAGGUUAGUUUCCCUACAUUAAAUGAGUUUUAAGGAACAAUGACCAGUUUAUAAAAAUAAAUGUCACCAUUUGAUGCACCAUACCAGUGUCUAGCUUUAAGUACAUUCACCUCUGUAGUCCCUUGGCAGCUCAAAAGCUGAUAUAUGAAUUGUAGAAUCAGAUGUAAAUGUUUAAGCGUUGGAGUUUUUUUCCUCCAGUGUCCCUGCAGAAGCUCAUCCAAAACAUAAUUUAACAAUACUAAUACUGCACAACACUUCAAGUGUAAUUUAUGAGCAGCAACUGACAGAGAGGCGGGAGACUUGAACUCCACAGUGUGGUUGUUUUGUAAAAAUGUUAUGAAUUACAUUUGUCCGCAAAUGUAGUGGAACAGAAAGCCAAUUUGUGGGCGGCUGAUUAUGCUAACGAUGAACACACACGUCUGUCUAAGUAAGAGGUUAAAUAAUGGCUAAGUAAAAUAAGAAAGUCUGUACCAGGAGGUAACCUCCGGUUCUGCCGAGUGAAGCUGAACAGGAAGUGUCUAAAAACAUGCAUUCUCUCUACUGACCACCAGAGGGUGACUCCUGGUUGUAUAGAAGUCUGAGAAAAUUACUCUACACUCUUGGUUUAUUUCCUCUGUGUUGUAUUGCACUGUGCACUUUUUGGUUUAGAAUUGACUGUAAAGGGGAAUAUUCCUAACAAUUGUUUUGUGCAUAAUGUGAUAUUCUCUACUAUCGCAGGUUCAAACUACACCAUCUUUUCUUUAUAUAAAUUUCAAAAGUUGAAAAAUGUUCCUUGAUUUGGGUCUUAACUUGUCAUUCAGGGGUGAUGAUGCAUCCAUCUGCCCGAGACCACAUCUGUCACACUUGUUUGUUGUUGUUGGACCAGAGUUACGUCCUUUGCAAGGUCUGUGAUGAAAAAGCUUUGAACAAAGUGAAUGUAAUACCGUGAUUUCAUCUUUAAUAGAUUAAUGUGGGUUAUAAUACAUAUCAUUAAAUUGAA